GUUGCUAAAGUGCGCGGGUGCGGUAGUUCAUAAGAUUCAAAGAUUCAGAGCCCCAGAGAGGGAGCCCCCCCCCAACCCACCCACCACCCCAACUCUGUAUUUUUCGGAAACUUUAUUUUUAAGUCCCCCAUUUUUAGAGAGAGAAAGUGAAUUCAGAAAGCUACAGAGAGAGAGAGAGAGAGAGAGAGAGAGAGAGAGAGAGAGAGCUGUGUGAGAGUGUUGAGUGGUACUUUUUGGACUUGCAGGUUUUUGGAGUAGUGUGUCGGGGGUGUCUGAUUUCGGAGAGUGUUUUAAUGGGUUGGUUUUUUAAAUUCUGAAUUUUGGUUUUUUUUUAUUUUUAUUUUUAAGGUAGGGAGUUAUUAUAGUUAUUUGUUUCCUAUGUGAGAGAGAUAAGAACAGGAAAGCCUAAGAUUCUAAGAUCUUCUUUCUGUAUAUAUAGUUAUAUACACACAUAUACACCCUCCACUUCUCCCUCACUCUCCUCCUCUCUCUCUUUCUCUCUCUAGCCUUUGUUCUUCCUUUGUUUUCAGACAGCCGAGAAAAAAAGGAACAAGCUUUUUGGUGUUGGAGAUCACCAAUCCUCAGCAAAACCGAAAUGGAAGUUAGCAUGAGCUUUUCACAUGACAUGGAUGACGAGUACGGGAAGCUCAUCCGGCGAAUGAACCCACCAAGGGUUGUAAUCGAUAACGAAGCCUGCAAGAAUGCAACGGUGAUAAGGGUGGACAGUGCAAACAAAUAUGGAAUCCUUUUGGAAGUUGUACAAGUACUUACUGAUCUUAACCUUAUCGUGACGAAAGCCUACAUAUCUUCGGAUGGCGGCUGGUUCAUGGAUGUUUUUAAUGUCACUGAUCACGAUGGAAACAAGGUUACAGAUGAAGAAGUUUUGGAUUAUAUUCAAAAGUCUCUUGGUCCAGAGGCAUGCUUUGCAUCUUCAAUGAGAUCUGUUGGUGUGAAACAAUCAAUGGACAGUACUGUAAUUGAGCUAACUGGAAGCGACAGACCGGGAUUACUCUCCGAAGUGAGCGCUGUCCUCACCAAUCACAAAUGCAAUGUAGUGAGUGCCGAAGUCUGGACGCACAACACAAGGGCUGCAUCGGUGAUGCAUGUCACUGAUGAGGAGACGGGGUUGGCAAUUACCGACCCUCAGAGGUUAGCUAGGAUUAAGGAAUUACUCUGCAAUGUGCUAAAGGGCAGCAACAAAGCCAGAGGAGCUAGGACUGUUGUCUCUCACGCUGUUACGCACACUGAGAGGAGGCUUCACCAAAUGAUGUUUGCAGAUAGGGAUUACGAACGAGUUCAUGAUGGUGUCUUGGAUGACAAGCAAAGACCGGAUGUGAGUGUUGUUAAUUGGCAUGACAAAGACUACUCGGUGGUCACGAUUCGGAGCAAAGACAGGCCCAAGCUUCUCUUCGACACGGUUUGCACUUUGACAGACAUGCAGUAUGUGAUUUUUCAUGCUAGUAUUGACGCUGAGGGUCCGGAAGCUUAUCAGGAAUACUAUAUCAGGCAUGUAGAUGGAUCUCCUGUGAAAUCAGAUGCAGAGAGACAAAGAGUGAUACAAUGCCUCGAGGCGGCUAUUGAGAGAAGAGUAUCUGAGGGCUUGAAGCUAGAACUCUGCACUACUGACAGAGUAGGGCUGUUAUCUGAUGUCACUCGGAUCUUUCGAGAGAACAGCCUCACCGUAACAAGAGCAGAAGUUGCAACCAAAGCAGGCAAAGCUGUGAAUACAUUCUAUGUUCGCGAUGCAUCAGGCUAUCCGGUUGACUCCAAGACCAUAGAGUCCAUCCGGCAAGUAAUCGGGCAGACGAUACUCAAAGUAAAAGGCAACCCUGAGGACACAAAACCUGGUUCUGAGGAAUCUCCAACAAGGUUCCUCUUUGGUGGUCUCUUCAAGUCCAGAUCUUUCGUCAACUUCAAGCUGAUCCGGUCGUAUUCUUGAGACAUCGGUCGAGUCUUGUACAUAAGAACCCGUCUUAGUCGAAAACUUCACCAAAUUAACCAUUUUAGUGGUUUAAUUAUUGACUUACGUUUAGGAAAACAAAAGCAGCCAUUAUUGAAGGAAAAGCCAUAGAAGUCUGAAGUGCUUGUAAAUAUCUCAUCUUUUCAGCUUCUGCUUUUAGCCUUCAUCUGUUGCUGUGAUCCAACCUCACGUUGGAUCAUGAAAGCAAAGAAGGAUAAUCUGAUUUGUGUGAUGCCGGAGAAAGUCAGUUUUAGUGUUUUAAGCUCUGUACCUAAUAUUUCUCUAUUCGAUGUUACGGUAGCUUUUAUAUUUACCAUCAACCUCUA